UUUAGUCUGCGACAUUUCAGAAAUAAUUUUUAUUCGGUGUCGAACACUUUUGAAUCAUUUUGAAACAUCAAUUUCUCCUUUUCAGAAAAUCGGGCCAAAAGGUUUUUUUUUCUCAAAAUUAUGGCUAGCUGUUUUAAAAUAACCACUUCUGCUCUGUUCAACUCUUCAAGAAAUUUAAGAUGCAUCGUCAAGACGAUCCAGAAGUCGAGUUUUUCGACUUCAAGUGUCAUAGCGCGAAAGGAGCGCGACACUAUGGGCGAGCUGGAUGUGCCCGAUGACAAACUGUACGGCUCCCAGACGGUCAGGUCCGUCAUGAACUUCCCUAUUGGUGGUAUUGAGGAGCGAAUGCCGUACCCUGUUAUUAUUGCCUUUGGUAUUCUGAAAAAGGCUGCUGCUAAGGUCAACACGGAGUUUGGCCUUGACAAGAAGAUUGCUGGUGCUAUCAUGCAGGCUUGUGAUGACGUCAUUAGCGGCAAGCUGUACAAAGAGGGUCACUUCCCUCUCGUCAUCUGGCAAACUGGGUCCGGAACCCAGUCCAACAUGAACACUAAUGAGGUAAUUGCCAACCGAGCGAUUCAGAUCUUGGGAGGCAAGUUGGGCAGCAAGACCCCCGUGCAUCCCAAUGACCACGUGAACAAGUCCCAGAGCUCCAACGAUACCUACCCCACGGCUAUGCACAUUGCUGUGGCCAUGGAACUUAGGGACAGGCUCAUGCCAGGCCUUGUGGAGCUCAGGGAUACCAUGGAGGCCAAGGCCAAGGAGUUCGACAAGAUCAUCAAGAUCGGAAGGACUCACUUGAUGGACGCCGUGCCCCUGACCCUCGGCCAGGAGUUCAGCGGCUACGCGACGCAGCUGACGUUCGGCAUCGAGCGCGUGUGCAGCACGCUGCCGCGCCUGCACUACCUGGCACUCGGCGGCACGGCCGUCGGCACGGGGCUCAACACAAGGAUCGGAUUCGCCGAGAAAUGCGCCGCCGAAAUUGCUUCUCUUACAGGAAUCCCCUUUGAGACGGCACCAAACAAGUUCGAGGCGUUAGCCAGCCACGAUUCAAUGGUGGAAGUCUCUGGAGCUUUGAACACAGUUGCCUGUUCUCUAAUGAAAGUUAUCAACGACAUCCGUAUGUUGGCUUCUGGACCUAGGUGCGGUUUGGGCGAACUGAUGCUACCGGAGAAUGAGCCUGGAUCAUCUAUUAUGCCUGGCAAGGUGAACCCGACCCAGUGCGAGGCGCUGACGAUGAUCGCGGCGCAGGUGAUGGGCAACCACGUGGCCGUCACGGUCGGAGGCAGCAACGGACACUUCGAACUCAAUGUGUUCAAGACCAUGAUGGUCGCUAACGUGCUACGGUCCAUCACAUUGCUGGGUGAUGGUUGCUUGGCGUUCAACAAGAACUGUGCUGUCGGCAUCAAGGCGAACACGGCGCAGAUCCAGAAGAUUAUGCGCGAAUCGCUCAUGUUGGUCACAGCGCUCAACCCACAUAUCGGUUACGAUAAGGCCGCCCAAAUCGCAAAGACAGCCCACAAAGAGGGAGGUACCCUCAAGGAGACAGCUAUCAAGCUUGGCAUCCUCACCGCCGAACAGUUCGACCAAUGGGUGAAGCCAGAAAACAUGCUGGGACCCAAGUAAAAGGCCCCGCUAACGACACGGAAACAGCGAAAAAAAUUUUUGUGUUGUAAUUAGACUAUUAGAGAAAGAAAAGUAGAAUUUAAAAAUUCUAACUUCUCGUUCCAGUUCCCUUUAUCGCACUUUUUACGUCACUUAAGUAUUAUCGUUAUUGGUUAUUUGUCAUUUGGCGUAAUUCGGAAGCCAUGUCUUAGCAAUUUUGACAGGAAUUGCAGCAUUUAAUUAUAUUUCAGUUUAGCAGUUGCAGUUUUAACUAUGGGUUUGAAUAACAAUUUGCUUAUUAGAGAUUAAUUUUGACGUAAACCUCUGUACAAGGAAAUCUCUAUUCUAAGCAAAUCAACAGAUAAGUUAUUGAAACCCGCCGCUAGCCAGUUUGGGCAAGCAAAUUAACUGCGCUUAGCUCGAUACUGAAUGGCAAUGCUGAAAAUGUCCAAAAUUAAGAUUACCUUGCUAUUGAAAUAAAUGGCAUCCCUAAAAUUGGGCGCUGAUAGUUAUGCCAAAUGCAUAUGUAUUGCAGUAUUAUACCGUAAAACUAGACAUGUUUUAUGGUGAAUGCAGACAGGUCAGACUCAACAGCGGCGAAGGAAUUGAAUUCUAGAGACCGCGCACACUUAUCCGAGACAGAUUAGGACGAUUUGUCACGCAAGUGUGUGAAGAUUCGUGCGCCGUGGACUAUUCUGACAGAUGUGACUAAUUACAUGACGAUCGCAGUUAUAUCAGAUAGAGGGAAUAGAGGAAUUAUUUGCUACGACUACAAAAUUAUUUGUAAACUUGUUUAAGUUUUAGCAAUUGUAGUGCCAAAAGAUACGUACAAAAUCUGGUUUCAACAUAAACGUUUUUUUUAUUUAUUAAAGUACAACAAAAUUAUUUGCAUUUAUGUAUCGAAUACUAAGCAAAAUGUUUAGAAACGUCUUGUUUGUAUAUUAUCUUUACUGUGUUUGUUCACGUGGAUUGUUCUAUUUAUACAUUGUUUACCACUGUUUGUCACUGUAAUAGUAAAUGAAUUCGAUUUUGAAUCCAUUCAAAAUAUAAAAGUUCAGUUAACAA